CAUGGCAACUGAAGCGCAGGGAAACGUAUCUGACAACAACACACACAAGCAGCUCUACCAAGUCCUCAAGCAAACCGUCAGACUACACUUGAGUAUAAUGACAGAAAAAGAUUUCAGUAUAAUGACUAAAAGUUAACUGCAAAAGGGCUGAUAAGGAGACGCCGAGUGAUUAAAUCAAUUAUGCAAAUUAAAGGCGUUAUUAGAGGCUCCUGCAAGUCAAACUCAGCGUCCAGAGACGCUUCACAAACACACACACACACACACACUGAAACAGUUUGUGCGGGGGCUGGGAUGUCUUCUAGGGUGAUUUUCCGAGGAAUAAAAUACCUGCAGGUCUUCACAUGCUGGUUGCAGUUGGUAGAGGACAUAUUUGUGCUGGUCUCCUAUCUGAAGGCAGCAGAGGUGAAUCAGAUGAGCCGGACAGAGGCCUACCCUCUUCAAGACUUUGCCGCUGAGAAGUCUCAAGGAGAUGAUGUGAUGAGCCGCAGAAGGGUCUCGGUGAAAGACCUGGGCCAGGGCGACUGUCAGGGCUGGUUGUACAAAAGGAAGGAGAGCAAAGGGCUCUUGGGCUGGAGGUGGAAGAAGUUUUGGUUUGUGCUCAAGAAAUGUUCGCUCUACUGGUACACAUCGGACAUGGCAGAGAAAGCCGAAGGCUACAUCAACCUGAGAGACUUCACCAUAGAACAGGCUACCGAAUGCAAGAAGAAGUUUGCAAUGAAAGCAUGCCACCUCCACAUGCUGACACUCUACUUUGCAGCUGAGAACAUGAAAGACAUGAACAAAUGGCUGGCUAAACUUACCCAGGCUUCAAAUGAACCUGCGCCCACAGACUCAACCGAUGGAGAGUGCUACAGUGAGGAGAGUGACGAUGAGGAUGAAGCAGACACCGCUGAGAUGUGUGCAGAGGUCAUGGAUCAGCUGACCCCCGGCUCUCUGCAUGGUUGUCUCCCGCCUCCCCGCACCUCUUCCUCUCCAUGUCAGGACUCGUUCCGCACAGAGACUCAAAGUGCAGACAGUGAGUCGUGGCAGGAGAUCAGCUCAGAGGAAGACCCCAUCCGCAAAAUACAGGAGUUCAAAGGGAAUGACUGCCCCCCGUCUGAUGAGAUGGAGAUGCUGUAUCUUCACCUCAAGCAGGUGAGGCUGUCCCCCACAGGAGCCCUGCAGCCAACUACCAAACGUGACUUCAGGUCCUCCUUCAUCAGACGCUGCAAGAAUGAGAGCAUUAAUGAGAAACUGCACCUGAUUCGAGCUUUAAACAGCACUUUAAAGGCGAAGGAGGCCGAUCUGCGGGCCAUAGAGCAGGUCUUGAGUGAACCGUCUCUGAGCGCUUGUAAAUACAGACAGUGGCGAGAUGCUAAUGUGCUCCUGCUGCAGGAGAUCGGAGAGAAACACAAGAGUGCCGUGGAGCCACAAGCCCAGGAACCUCAGCCCCAGCGCCAGUCACUCUUCAGCCCGAACACUGCGCUCCCUGCCGUCCCGGUGUACACAGAGACCAGCCUGUGAAGACGAGACGAUGAUCAACGAGAAAAAAACAAACCGAAACAGAUGUGUGCUGUGUGAAGACGACCACAGGGCCUGUACGACGCCGACAGGAACACAAACAGAGCGGGAAACAUCAAGGGCUGGCUUCCUGGACACAAAUGAAGCUUCUCUGAAACACUUCAAACAGUACUAGCCUGCAAAAGCACAUCAUGGAGCUGAGAGAAAUGACCUCAAUGUUGACUCGUUUGAUAUCAGUUUUCUCUGAAUUUGAGCACAGAAGAGCCUAACUUGUGUGUCACAGGACAAGAAACCCAAGUUCAGUCAUAACUCAUUUCCGAGACCUGUAGUUCAGAAUAAUUGUAACACAUGUAUAAAUACUAACGGAUGUAUUUCUUGUCAGUUUUGUUCACAUCAUUCAGUGUUUGGAUAAAGAAGGUUGCAAACAUGUGUUUGUAGCCGUUCUGUAAUGCGUAACUAGUUAAACUGUUGUUUUGUAGGGAAUUUGCUUUUAUGAAUCACUCAUGGAUUUAUAACAACAUUGGGAUAAGAUGUGUUGUAACUUUUUAAUGCAGUCUAUACAUGAUUUUCACCAAAUUCUGACAGCACACUCUUGCAUCUCGUUCAGCCCUUGUGCCUGUUACCAAACCACUCCAUUUCACACGUACUAGACACACAAAUUCUAUUCUUAAACUUGCUUGUAUUUGAUCGUUUUAGGAGUGGAGACUUGCUUUACCUGUUUUUAACACGACGGUCCCUUUUAGAUGUACAUAUUUUAGCAUUUUACAACUGGAAAUUAAUGUCUUGGGGUGUUGUACAUUUUUGUAUAAAUGUCUGAUUUAACUGUAUAAAUGUUUACUUGAUAUUUUUUAAGUAAUUCAUGCUGAAGGUGUGCCAAAGGAAAUAAAA